CAUUUCUCAGUUUUUUGUUUUUUUUUUCAGAUUGAAAGGAUUGCUGCAAAGUACGUGGGCAAGCCAGUGAUGAACUAUUCCCAUCUCUCGUCUCCUCUCCCUCCUCGUCCGCUGGAACUCGGCGUUGGUGGCGGUUUCGGAAGCCAGCCAGGAAUCGGUGUGGACAUGUAUGGAGGUGGAGAUAUUCUGCGGUCAAUCACCGGGCCCACGGAAGCUGAUAAGCCAUUCAUAAUAGAGCUAGCUGUUGUGGCCAUGGAGGAGCUCAUAGGGAUGGCGCAAAUGGGUGAUCCUCUCUGGUUAUCUACACUCGAUGGAUCUGAUGCUGUGCUGAACGAGAAUGAAUACAUCAGAUCAUUUCCAAGAGGGAUUGGACCGAAACCUUCUGGUCUCAAAUGUGAAGCUUCUCGUGAAACUGCUGUUGUUAUCAUGAACCAUGUCAGCCUCGUUGAAAUUCUCAUGGAUGUGAACCAAUGGUCUACGGUUUUCUCUGCUAUAGUCUCAAGAGCAAUGACUGUUGAAGUGUUGUCAACUGGGGUGGCCGGGAACUACAAUGGCGCUUUACAAGUGAUGACAGCUGAGUUGCAUGUACCUUCACCUCUUGUGCCAACUCUUGAGAGUUAUUUUGUGAGGUAUUGUAAGCAACAUGGAGAUGGGACUUGGGCAGUUGUGGAUGUGUCCUUGGAUAAUUUGCGCCCUAGUCCUUCAACCAGAUCUAGAAGAAGGCCUUCUGGCUGCUUAAUUCAAGAAAUGCCAAAUGGCUACUCAAAGGUGACAUGGGUUGAGCAUGUAGAAGUGGAUGAUAGAGGUGUUCACAAUCUUUACAAGCAGCUUGUUGGGUCUGGACAGGCAUUUGGUGCAAAACGUUGGGUUGCAACCUUAGAUCGACAAUGUGAAAGGCUUGCUAGUGCCAUGGCAACAAACAUUCCCACAGUAGAUGUUGGAGUGAUAACAAGCCAAGGAGGGAGGAAGAGUAUGAUGAAACUUGCUGAGAGAAUGGUGAUAAGCUUUUGUGCUGGAGUGAGCGCUUCCACUGCUCAUUCAUGGACCACAAUCUCUGGGACCGGUGCUGAUGAUGUCAGGGUCACGACCCGGAAGAGUGUUGAUGACCCGGGAAGACCUCCUGGUAUUGUUCUCAGUGCUGCUACCUCUUUUUGGCUUCCUGUUCCACCUAAACGAGUUUUUGACUUCCUCCGUGAUGAGAACAAAAGAAACGAGUGGGAUAUCCUUUCCAACGGUGGAGUUGUCCAAGAAAUGGCACACAUUGCAAAUGGACGAGAUACUGGGAAUUGUGUCUCUCUACUUAGAGUAAAUAGUGCAAAUUCAAGCCAGAGCAACAUGUUGAUACUCCAAGAGAGUUGCACUGAUUCAACGGGCUCUUUCGUUAUUUACGCGCCUGUUGACAUUCUUGCCAUGAAUGUGGUUCUUAAUGGAGGAGACCCAGAUUAUGUAGCACUUCUUCCUUCAGGGUUUGCUAUUCUUCCAGAUGGAAGUGGCAUUGGUGAUACUGGUCCUGGUGGUUCUCUCUUGACUGUGGCAUUUCAAAUAUUGGUUGAUUCAAUUCCAACGGCUAAGCUUUCUCUUGGAUCUGUUGCUACUGUUAAUAACUUCAUUGCAUGCACUGUUGAACGAAUCAAGGCUUCUUUAUCUGGUGAAGGUCUUGAGUUCAAAGACUAAUGGAUCGUGUGUUUACUUCAAGGAUUAAGGGGUGGAACAAGAUUGUGAGGAACUUCGGCUUCUAAUACAAAGAUGGUGAGAAGUCAAGAGCGCACCUUGCAUGAUUCUUCAAAAGAGUUUAAAGGAUUAAGGCUCGGGAAUUGAAUUCCCUAGAUUAUAAUAGUAAAUGUUAAGAGCUCAUUUCAAUCUAGACCUACUACCCUUGUUAAACUAUUCUAUCUAGGACUAAAUAAAUUAAGUUAAUUAGGGUCAGCUUUUUGGUAACUAGGGUUUAGUUCGUUUAAUUUUGAUGAAAACUCUUUAUCCUUCAUUGUUAUUUGUGUGUUUGAGAAGAGGAUCCAAGACUAGUAAUUGGUGGGAGCUAGGUUUGCAUGCACCUAAG